AUGGAUCCAGAGCUGAAUGUUAGCAGCAGGAAUUACAUUGCUGAUGACAUACAUCCCUGCUAUGAAUCAUAUAAUUUAACUUUCAUAUUUACAAGCAACCCUUCCAUUGUAUGUGUAUUAUUAUAUGUUUUCCUUGGCUCAUUAUCUCUUGUCACAAUAUGUGGAAACCUUCUUGUAAUGAUCUCCAUCAUAUACUUCAAACAGUUGCACACUCCUACUAACUACCUUAUCCUCUCUCUAGCCAUGGCUGAUCUGCUUGUAGGGGUUUUAGUUUUCCCUUUCAGCAUGGCAUUCACUGUGACCUCAUGUAUCUAUCAUGAAAAUCUGUUUUACAGAUACUACGCUGUGUGUCAGCCUUUGACAUACAGAACUAAAAUCAAUACUCGCGUUACUUUAAUCGUGAUCCUAUUGUGCUGGGGUGUUUCCGUUCUAAUUGGAAUUGGGAUCAUAAUUGCAGGUUUCAGCCAAGGUACAUGUGAGGAAAUGUGCUCCGUUGAUGUUGUAGUGGCAAACACUAUCGGACCAGUUUUUUCAUUUUACCUUCCGGCGAUCAUAAUGCUCUGUAUUUACCUAAAGAUUUUCCUAGUUGCACAGAAACAAGUAAAGAGUAUACAGAACACAACUUGUCGGAGCACAAAGUCAGGAGCUAUUGUCAGUAAGAUGGAGAAAAAGGCCACCAAAACUCUGGCUAUUGUUAUGGGAGUUUUUCUUUUAUGUUUAACUCCCUACUUUAUUUGUGUUGUUUUUCAGCCUUUAGCUGAUAAUCCUCCAUCAGUUCCUGUGAUUGAAACACUAAACUGGCUCACUCUGUCAAAUUCAAUGUUGAAUCCAUUAAUUUAUGCCUUCUUCUACAGCUGGUUCAGAUCAGCUUUCAGGAUGAUAAUUUCUGGAAAAAUAUUUCAUAGUAAUUUAGCUGAUACAAAAUUGAUUUGA